CAGGUCGUUCGACGUGACUCGCACAAGGCGGGGGGUGUUGAUUUCUACCUGCCGCGCCGAGCGGCCCUUGCACAAGGCAAACGCAGACACUGGUGCAGGUUCACCGAUGGUGCCCAGACAGCAGGUGUGAACCAUCGGGACGGGGGUGGGGGGGCAAUAGGAGCCUAUAUAAGAAAAAGCCCCAAAAAUCGGGACUGUCCCUAUAAAAGCAGGAUAUUUGGUCACCCUGGUUUCACCAGACCCAAUCCUGGCGCCCUUCUGGCCGCAGGCAAAGGGGGCUGGUUGCUGCCUGCCGGGAGGUGGAGGGGUUCAGACACAGGACCCCGCAACUCGGCACCAAGUUUGGGCAGGAGGCAGAAGACUACAACUCCCAGCAUGCUGUGGGGUGCUACCGAGGGAGGUGCAUGUGGGUCUGAGCGCAGCUGGAGGAAGGCUGGACCCUGUGGGCUCCCGAAUGACCCGACCGUACCCUGCCGAAAGAGAAGAAACUGCUGCGUCCAGCGAAACGGCGCAUUCGUCGUGGACACGGCUACCGCGCUGCGGGAUGACGGCCCCAGGGAAGCUGCGGGUGGCGGUGAUUGGGGCAGGAGCAGCCGGACUGUGUGCCACCCGCCACCUCGCUGCCCACCCCGAGUCCUUCGCGCCCCCCGUGGUGUUCGAGGCGUCCGGCCGCGUCGGGGGCACCUGGGUCUAUACCGAAGAGACGGGGCAGGGGCCGGACGGGCUCCCCAUCCGCUCCAGCAUGUACCGGGACCUCAGGACCAACCUGCCCAAGGAGGUGAUGGCGUUCCCCGACUUUCCCUUCGACCCCUCGCUGCCGUCCUUCCUGCACCACUCGCACGUGCUGGCUUAUCUGGAGCGCUAUGCCGACCACUUCGGGGUCCGAGAGCACAUCAGGUUCUCGUGGCUGGUGGAUGCCGUGAGCCCGGCCGAGGGCGGCUGGGACGUCACCGCCUGCCGGGCACAGGACCGGACGGUGCGGAUGACCGAGCGCUUCGACGCUGUCCUUGUCUGCACUGGUCACUAUGCCGACCCCUUCGUCCCCCCCAUCCCCGGCCUGGAGACCUUCCCAGGCCGGCUGCUGCACAGCCACGAGUACCGCUGCCCGGAGCCCUUUGCGGGCCGCACCGUGGUGCUGCUGGGGGCUGGCCCGUCCGGCAUGGACCUGACGCUGCAGCUGGCCCCCAUGGCCCGGCGGGUGAUCCUGAGCCACCGGCAGCCCCCACUGCCCGGGCUGCCCGGGAACCAGAGACCGUUCGAAACCCCGGUGCAGAGUCAGGGCAGCAGACAAAACUCCUUCGAUGCGGCCAGCCGGGAGCUGCGCUGCUGUGAAAUCUGGCCCCACAAAACCCUGGCCUGGCCCAACCUGGCCAGUGGGCUCGGCUGGCCGAGCCGGGACUCUGGGCUUCAGCCGCUGCUCCAAGUAGAAAUGCCCGAGUGA